UUAAUCAAAAGUAAAAGAUUUCAACUGGGAAAAGUUGAAAAAAAGCAAAGUCAUUGUCUUUCAGUUUUUCCUAUUCAGCAUUGAAAACAAUCAUAGUUCUGUACCAAAUGCCAGGCAUGAAAUACUUUUAGUACUUAUUAAAACUUAAGCAUGGUAAAACGACUGGUGACAGAGGCUGCUAACAGAGGCUUUUUCCUCAUGUCUCUUGGAGUCAAAAGCCACAGUUUUGGUACAGUAUGUUGCCCCAAUUACGGACAGUUUGCAUCAAAGCCUGUUUAAAAUAUACGAAAGCGAAUUUUAGUAACUAAGCUAAUUAGUAACUAACUCUCAUACUCACAUGUGCUGUGCUGUAAAUUAGAGUUAAAAAAAGAAAAUACAAAAUUUUGGGGUGGGAAUGAAGCACUGUAAAAUACUUUUACAAUAGAAUAGAAGCUCUUUGAUCUGGCUACUAAUUUUAAAAAAUCAAAGCAUUUUGAAAAUUUACAAUGCUUGUUCAUGAAGUGUGCCUAAACACGGACACAAAUAGACUGCUUAUUGGAAAUAUGUUUAAAUAGAUAAUGGGAAUUAGUUUUUGCAUUUAAACUAUAUUUUGGAGGGAUUUAGGUACAUAAUAAUAAUACUCGUAUAUUUGUCCUCUCGUAGCCUUAAAAGCUAAAUUACAGGAUUCCAAUAACAAAUAAUAUAAUAAAUAAUGAUUAAUUGAUACAAUAUAAUAAAUAUAAAGGUAGUAUGGACAAUCAGAUAGCCAAGGCCAACGCAUGUUUGUAUGUGACAAAGUUGCCAAAUCUUUUGGUCACAAAGGGUUUGAUGUGAUUACCAGUGCGAGUUCUUAACUGGUAGCUAUGGGUAGUAGCCUCAAUGCGGUCUUGCACAAGCCGGUACACUGGUUUUUGUGGCAUCAAACAAGAGAUAAACCUGCAGCAGGCAUCAGUCCGACGAUCUUCAAGGGUGGCUAGGUUUGCCCUAGUUAGAGCUUCCUUGUAAUCCAAGCCCGGAUAGAUAAUGGCGAGGGCGUGUUUCUGGACUCUCUCCAAGGAAUCAGAAAGGUAGUGUGGCAGGUCUGCGAAAACAACGCUUGGGUACUCGAGCGUGGAUUGCACAAGGGAGCGAUAAAUCACUAUAAUGUCAUCAGUAGACACGCCACAGCGCUUCAGCUUUUUCUAUGCUUUUACCAUCAGGUUACAGUAAUUAUUUUGAAUGUGUCUUUUUAGAGUCAUUUCUUUGGGGGAACCCAUUCAGAAGUGAUGGUAAAUGUGUCAUCUGUGACUCAUAUGUACGACCCUGUACUUUAGUAAGGAUAUGUGACGAGUGUAACUAUGGCUCAUACCAAGGCCGCUGUGUUAUAUGCGGGGGGCCUGGUGUCUCAGAUGCUUAUUACUGCAAGGAAUGCACUGUUCAGGAGAAAGAUAGGGAUGGAUGCCCCAAGAUUGUUAACUUGGGAAGCUCUAAGACUGAUCUGUUUUAUGAAAGAAAGAAGUAUGGAUUCAAAAAGAGAUAGUUGGAGAUGGAGAAAGCUCAAACGUCAGAGCCUAGUCGUGGUUUAAAAAGUUCUCAAUACCAGCGCGCCCUCUUCCCUUUUUACUUACACCCCCCCCCCCCACCCCUUGUCAUCAUAGUUAUUAUCUGCAACUUGUUUAGUCAGGGAGGGUCUUUGCAUCAGUUUAGUGGAUUUUUUGUGUUCCUUUUUGUGGUGUUUUCCAUAUUGACUGUAUUCCUUAGAUCAGUGCUGGUUUAGAGGGAUUGACAAGUAUUGAUAAAUAAACAACAAAUUCGUAUUGUGAGCCGCUGGUGAAUUUCUCCAGCAAGGAAAAGGGCAAAUUCCUUGUUGCCUCAGUUAGGAAAAUGCAAAUUCCCUUGCUGAUGUAUGACAAAUAUCUGGUUUAGAGGGAUUGACAAGUAUUGAUAAAUAAACAACAAAUUCGUAUUGUGAGCUGCUGGUGAAUUUCUCCAGCAAGGAAAAGGGCAAAUUCCUUGUUGACUCAGUUAGGAAAAUGCAAAUUACCUUGCUGAUGUAUGACAAAUAUCUGGUUUAGAGGGAUUGACAAGUAUUGAUAAAUAAACAACAAAUUCGUAUUGUGAGCCACUGGUGAAUUUAUCCAGCUAGGAAAAGGGUAAUUCCCUUGCUGUUGUAUGACAAAUUUUUUGAAUUUAGAAGUUCUCUUUAGGCAGCUCAAUUUCCUAGCUUACUGGCAGAAAGAUUUCUCAGGGCUGAUUCAGGAUCUAGCAAACUUGUCUUGUAAAGGGGAAAAAUCAACUGAAAGAUUUUCACAAAAUGGUUAUACUUUAAUACACUGCUAACUAUAUAUGUAUAUAAGGAUAAAAACUAUUUUCUUCUGUUGCAAACAAAACAUGCUUUAACAACUGAAGAGAAAAUGUACAAGAUUAUGCCAUUUUAUUUUGUAUAAUAAAACAUCAAGUUUUA